AUGUCAGAAUCAAUCAAUGACCCAGCUGCUGCGGCAGCUUCUGGUCCUUCGGGGGCUUUGGAAGAAGUACAAGUGGAUGUAACGAAGCUUACUGCUUUAUCACCCGAGGUUAUCUCCAAACAGGCAACUAUCAAUAUCGGUACUAUCGGUCAUGUAGCUCACGGUAAAUCAUCAACUGUAAGAGCUAUCUCCGGUGUACAAACGGUUAGAUUCAAGAAUGAGUUGGAGAGAAAUAUCACUAUCAAAUUAGGUUAUGCCAAUGCAAAGAUCUACAAAUGUUCAAGCCCAAGCUGUCCUCCACCAUCAUGCUACAAAUCAUAUCCUUCCAGUAAAGAGAACAACCCUAAAUGUGAGAGACCAGGAUGUGAAGGACGUAUGGAUCUGUUAAGACACGUUUCAUUUGUCGACUGUCCCGGUCACGACAUUUUGAUGGCUACCAUGUUGACUGGUGCUGCCGUCAUGAACGGUGCUCUUCUGCUUAUCGCAGGAAACGAAUCCUGUCCUCAACCUCAAACAGGUGAACAUUUAGCUGCUUUGGAAAUUAUCGGUGUAGACCCAAAGAACAUUGUCAUUCUUCAAAACAAGAUGGACUUAGUACGAGAGAGUGAAGCCAAUGAGCAUUGUGAAAGUAUCAAGAAGUUUGUAGAAGGUACCACCGCCCGACUUGCCCCUAUCAUUCCCGUAUCCGCUCAAUUGAAGUUCAACAUCGAUGCCGUUGUACAGGCAAUCACCAAUAUCGCCCCCCCAAAUUACGAUUUCUCCGCCGACCCUAGAAUGGUAGUGAUCCGAUCAUUUGACGUUAACAAGCCUGGUGCAGGUGUUGAUGAGUUGAAAGGUGGUGUUGCUGGUGGCUCUAUCUUACAAGGUGUAUUCAAGGUCGGUCAAGAAGUCGAAAUUCGACCUGGGCUCAUCACUCGAGAUCAAAACGGAAACUGUACAUGUCGACCAUUGCGAUCACGUAUCGUUUCAUUACAUGCUGAACAAAAUCACUUGCAAUUUGCCGUUCCUGGUGGAUUGAUUGGUGUAGGUACAUUGGUCGAUCCAGCACUUUGUAGAGCCGAUAGAUUGUUGGGUAUGGUAAUGAGUUCAGUCGGAAAAGGACCUUCGAUCUAUACCGAGAUCAAAGCUGAGGUCUUCCUUUUGAGACGAUUAUUGGGUGUCAAAACGGAUGAUAGCAAAAAAGCAAAAGUAUCGAAAUUGAUCGUUGGAGAAACCCUUUUCGUCAAUAUCGGUGCAUCACAAACGGGUGGAAGAAUCAUAGCUGUAAAAGGUGGUGAUGUGACCAUAGGAUUAAAUACACCUGCAUGUACUGAACGAGGAGAGAAGAUUGCUUUGAGUAGAAGAAUCGAUAAACAUUGGAGAUUGAUCGGUUGGGGUAAAGUUAGAAGUGGUGGUACUUUAGCUGAAGUUGUCGAAGAGGAUUAG